AUGAAGCUUGAGCUAGUUUUCGUACCAUCACCUGGUGACGGCCAUAUCCGGCCAUUAGUGGAGGUUGCUAAGCUUCUUGUCGACCGUAACGACCAUCUCUCCAUCACCAUCCUCAUCAUCCCUCAAAUGCAAGGGUUCUCCGGCGGAAGCGCUUCCUCCUACAUCGCUUCUCUCUCCACCGCCUCUGAAGACCGCCUCAGCUACAACGUUCUCUCCGCCCCCGAUCAACCAGACUCCGACGACUCCAAACCAAAUUUCAUCGGUUACAUCGAUAGCUUCAAGCCGCAGGUGAAGGCAACCGUGGAGAAACUCGCUCAACCCGAGUCAUCGCCGCCGUGGAGACUCGCUGGAUUCGUGGUGGACAUGUUCUGCACCGGGAUGAUUGACGUCGCAAACGAGUUCGGCGUCCCGAGUUACCUGUUUUACACCUCAAACGCCUCGUUUCUCGGUUUGCAGAUUCACGUCCAACACCUUUACGACGUCAAGAACUACGACGUCACCGAUAUGAAGGACUCGGAAACCACUGAGUUGGAGAUCCCGAGUUUGACUCGUCCGUUACCGGUUAAGUGUUUCCCCUCAAUUAUGUUAUCCAAAGAGUGGUUACCGGUUAUGUUAACCCAAAUCAGAAGAUUCAGAGAAGCAAAGGGUAUUUUGGUAAAUACGUUCGCUGAGCUGGAGACUCAACCUAUGAAGUUUUUCUCCGGCGGAGAUCAUGCUCUUCCCACGGUGUACCCAGUGGGACCCAUUCUCAAUCUCAAAACCAACGGUCCAGAUUCGACGGACGAUAAGCAGUCGGAGAUCUUACGGUGGCUCGACGAGCAGCCGAGUAAGUCCGUCGUGUUCCUCUGUUUCGGGAGUAUGGGAGGUUUCGGUGAGGACCAAGCGAAAGAAAUCGCGAUCGCGCUUGAGCGAAGCGGUCAUCGAUUCCUCUGGUCUCUCCGUCGUUCUCGGCCGAAAGGAACGAUUGGACUUCCCGGAGACUUUACGAACCUCGAAGAGAUUCUCCCGGAAGGAUUUUUGGAUCGUACGGCGAAGAUCGGGAAGAUUAUCGGCUGGGCUCCACAGAGCGCCGUGUUAGCAAACCCUGCGGUCGGAGGAUUCAUGUCGCAUUGUGGAUGGAACUCGACGUUGGAGAGUCUAUGGUUCGGUGUUCCGAUUGCCACGUGGCCGCUUUACGCCGAGCAACAGAUCAACGCGUUCCAGUUGGUUGAUGAGCUGGGGCUGGCGGUGGAGGUCCGGAAUUCUUUCCGGGCGGAUUUCAUGGCGGAGGUGUCGGAGUUAAUGACGGCGGAGGAGAUAGAGAGGGCGAUACGGUGUUUGAUGGAGAAGAGCAGCGACGUGAGGGAUAGAGUGAAGGAGAUGAGUGAGAAGAGCCACGUGGCAUUAAUGGACGGUGGAUCUUCGCACGCUGCUCUUUUAAAGUUCAUACAAGACGUCACUGUUAAUAUUUCACUUUGA